AGCCAAAUCGAUAUAAGCAUUUAGACAUCGUGUUUAAACUGUGAAUUGAGCAGAACACAACUCACCAGGCAGAACACAUUGUUCGGCAGUAGUCUGAGAUCUACUUGCCCAAAUGGCUUCUCAAAAGCCAACUGAUCACUUCAAUAUGCACAACGGAUCCUCGUUGCACGCCGGAGCUCCUCAGCCUUAUGAUCCUUAUCUUCGUGAACCGUACAACAGCAGUAGCACACAAAUUCCCGAACACUAUAUGAAUGGACACCACGAAAACAAGGGAGAUUCGGAAGGCGUUCAUGAACAGAUUUCAACUAUUGCCACUUUGGAGGGUGGUUCCCUAUUCCAAGGUCUUCAUGGAUGGGACGAUGGCUGCGGAGUCGGCGGAUUUUCAAGUCACAACCCCGACCCUGGUGAUAAACGGAACCACGGCAACGCUUUUGGAGAAUGGGAAAGACUGUUUCCUGAACUUGGAUUCUGGGGCGAAACUAAUGAUGCAGUGCCAGUAUUAGGGGAUGAAUUCACGGUCAGUGCAGUGCUUACAGGGAAUGGUUUCAAGCCCACUGUGGAGUCCUGGCAAAUGCCCAUCUCAACCAACGUAGGAAAGGCCAACUUCCACUCGUACCCCCACAUUCUCUUGGAUACAGAGGAAAGUCGUGGAGUAAUGGAGGAAACCGAGUCCCCGAAUCUAUCGGAGAGGAAAGCAUCGCUAUUCGCGCAAAGUCCUACGGCUUUCCGCCUGUUCGACCAGUCUUCUCUCCCAGCUCCUCCCAAUAGCGACUCCAAUGGCAGGCUACUGGAACAUGGUGUUAGCAACAAACAAGAUAGCAUUCUGUUCCACCCUCCAGAUUACCAACACCUGACUUCGUCAGUUUCAAAAGCUCCAACUGUUGGCAAAAGCUAUAUUUCUUCUAGCAAUGAAUCGACGGAUUGUGGCCUUCAACUCGACUGCUUCGAUGAUUCCUUUACGGUUCUACCUCCGCAAAUGUUUGAGACAACUCACAUCCCUCAUGAUGCAACCGUACCUUCAACACAGGACUCACAAUCUUCCUACCUUUGCCUCACAGGAUUGUUGCAGUAUCUUGCGAACAUUCUUAUUCAGGAAUGUCUUCUAUGAUACCUGGACAGCCUUCCCUUCUUUCGGACACUUUACAAUAUGGGACGUCCCAUAAUGCCGAAAGUUCACAACUCUACCAGUCUCCGGGAGAGAU